AUGGAGUUCGACGAGUACGAGUACCUGGAGAAGGCGGUGGAGCCCGCUCCCCCACUGGCCAAUGGUUCCGGCGACAAGGACCGAGGCUCGCGCCGCCGCGAGGGCGGGGAGGACCGCAUAUCGAAGCGCUCCCGCUCGGGGGAGGACCGCGACCGGGACCGGGACCGGCACCGCAGCGGCCGGGAGCACCGUGACCGGGAUAGAGAUGACGGGAAGGAGAAGGAGAGGAGCCGCGACAGCCGCGGGAAGGAUAGGGACAGGGAAGGCAGAGAACGGGAGAAGGAGAGCGGGGACAAGCACCGGCUCAGAGAGAGGGAAGUGGAACGGGAGCGGAGGAGCCGGAGCCGCUCGGAGCGGCGCCGUGCUGAGGAAGAGGAGAUGGUGAGGGAGCUGGAGCGGGAGCGCGAGCGCAGCGAGCGACACCUCCAUCGCGGUGACGUCAGGCGUAGGAAAGAUGAUGGGGCAGAGCCAGAAGUUGAUCCAGAAAGGGACCAGAGGACUGUAUUUGCCUUCCAGCUAUCUUUGAAGGCAGACGAAAGAGAUGUUUAUGAGUUUUUCUCAAGGGCUGGGAAGGUUCGUGAUGUUCGUCUUAUCAUGGACCGAAACUCAAGACGUUCUAAAGGAGUUGGGUACAUUGAGUUUUACGACGUUAUGUCUGUUCCAAUGGCAAUUGCUCUGUCUGGUCAACCGCUGCUUGGACAAGCAGUGAUGGUUAAGCCAUCUGAGGCUGAAAAGAACUUAGUUCAGUCAAAUGCGACAUCAGGUGGUGCGGCUUCAGGUGGAGCAAGAAAGUUGUAUGUUGGCAAUCUUCACUCAAAUAUUACUGAAGACCAAUUGAGACAGGUAUUUGAACCAUUUGGGCAAGUGGAGCUUGUACAGCUUCCUCUAGAUUCAAUGACUGGAUUGUGCAAAGGUUAUGGUUUUAUUCAGUUUGCACGGCUUGAAGAUGCAAAAGCUGCACAGAGCUUGAAUGGGCAGCUUGAUAUCGCCGGCAGAGUUAUUAAGGUUUCAGCUGUUACUGAUCAUGUGGGAGUGCAAGCUAGUGGAAUAACUACUGGAGAUUUAGAUGACGAUGAAGGUGGAGGCUUGGCACUAAAUGCAAGCUCCAGAGCUGCUCUUAUGCUCAAAUUGGACAGGAGUGGUACUGCAACCAGCUUAACUGGUGGUAUUGGUGCUGCUGGAGUGGCUUUACCAGCUACUUCAGUUAUUGGGGCUCCAGGAGCUGCUUCUCUUCUAUCACCAACAGUUGCUGCUGUUGGAUCAGUUCCUGGGGCACCUGUGCUUCCUGUUACCACUCAGAAUGUGAUCAUGUCUACACCUACAGAAUUCUUGUUGCUUAAAAACAUGUUUGACCCAGCGUUGGAGACGGAUCCUGAUUUUGACUUGGACAUUAGAGAUGAUGUCCAAGAUGAAUGUUCCAAGUUUGGUGCAGUGAAGCAUAUUUUUGUUGACAAAAAUACUACAGGCUUUGUGUAUCUGCAGUUCGAUAGUGUGUCUGCAGCAGCGAAAGCCCAACAAGCACUUCAUGGAAGAUGGUUCGCGGGAAAGAUGAUUACAGCGACAUUUAUGUCCGCCCAGGAGUACAGUACGAAGUUCCCAAACUUGGCUGCAAAGGUAUUCGAGAACUCGGAAAGACGAACGGGCAGAGGACGGCACAACGGAGUAGAAAACUACAAAGGUAUUUACUCCACCGCCGCCACCGUAGGGGGAGACGGCGGCGAGCCCGCCCCCUCCUCCACCUCGACCGACGACGGCGGAUUUCCCCUGCCCGAGCACGUCCGCCGAGAGAUCUUGGAGCUCGGCCUCCCCAACGACGGCUACGACUACCUUGCCCACCUCCGCGAGCUCCGCCCCUCCCUGUCCUCUACCGGCGGCGGGGGAUCCUCGGCCGUGUUCCUCCCCAGCCGCCGCCCCGCGCGCUCCGGCCUCCCCGUGGACGUCAAGGCGUACGACUUCACUCAUACACCGCUUGCUUCCGGGGAGGUUGCGGUGGUGGCGGCUCGUCGGGCUGAGGAGGCUAUUGACCUGGAUGUCGCUAGGCUGCUUGACGGGAGCGAUUCGCCGGCCGUUGAGUCCGGGGUUGAGGAUUUGGAGGAGGAUUUUGUUAUCCUUGCGAAUGAGCCAGAUGAAGAGCAGGAGAACGAGGAAGAGAAUGUUGCUGACGGCAAGGAGAAAGCUCUGCAGCUACCUCACGAGCAUUUUGAUUCGCUUGCUUUGGAAGAUGCUGACAGUGGAGAUGAUUGUCAUGUUCGAGAUGCAAAGCAUGAACUGUCCCAGGAGGUUACAAACGAACUGAAAUCGACUCACAGUGAAAACUUCGAUGCUGAUAAAAAGUGCAGGGCACCAGCACCACAAUAUGUUGCUCACGGGAUACUAGAGUCCAAAGAGCAAAUUGAUGUGUCUUCUAAUGCCAUCUCCGAGUGUGUUGGAUAUGCUGAAAUAUAUGAAGUCAGUGGAGAAGAAGAAGUGAUUCUUGCUCCAGAAAGUAGUGAGGGAUCUGCAGUUAUGUACUCUACUACCACAGUUUCUGGAUCAUAUCUCGAUGUUAAAAAGAAAUUUCCAAAACUUUCCCAUGGAGAAACAAGUAUGAAAAAAGCCAUCAUCAGAAAAGGAAUAGAGAAGCUUCCUGCAGGGUAUUUACCUCAGAGUGAUGAAACUUUAAAACCGGGACCCUAG